AUGAGGCAUUUGGGACGACACCAAACAAACGUGGGAAUGUGGUUGCUAUUGUUUGAAGCUUCUCUGACUUCCCUCCACCACCAACUCGUCAGUUUGGCGAAUUUCCAGCUAGUAGAUUCGUCUCUGGCGACAGUGUGGUCUUCUUUCUCAUUCUCUCAUGAUUCUGACAUUGAUUCCUUUACUGAUUUCUUGAGUGUUUGCUGUUUACGCACCAUAACAGCUACCACUGUUUUGUCAAACUUUUUUCCGGCGACCACCACCAAUACAUACCCAUCACCACCAUUGUUUUGUUCUCCAACCAUAGGCCAUGAAGUUGAUGGCAGUGACGAGCCACCACAUCCAUUCGGCGGAGAUUUUGGUGCUCACCAGAUUGAUGGUAGUUAA